CCUUCUUCUCAUCACUACACCCAUCCGCUUUCUUGCCGAGUCAGGACAUCGUGGUCGAGGCUCAAGGAUCUGUCUCCCACCGCUUCGUCCAUCCCCCUCAGUCAUUGACAGAGCAGAUCGACAAGUCGACGUGCUCAUUUUGCUUCCCUCAGAACCCCUCUUGCUUGGCCCAUCUCUAAACAGCCCUCGGCAAGAUGUCUGCAGAGGUCGCCAAUCCAGCGGAUACGCUGGGCCCGCGCAUCAACACCUCGAGGCGCUCCAUUCUUGCGAGCAUGGAAGCAGAGUCAGCUGAAGCGGAAGCCUCGCCUGUGCCUGUGUCAAACACAGACGCUUUGUUGCGCCAAAGACGGCCUAGCUCCUCGCAGUCGCGAUCAAAUGGUGUGACCGGCACCAAAGAAGCCGACAGCAAGUCCCACAGGCGCAAGUCCAGCGUCAGCUCAAAGAAGAGCCCCGUGCCAGCAACAUCCUUUGGUAGCGGCAGCGACAAGGAUGCCCAACUGGACGUGCCAAAGUCAAGCCUCAACAUCGCUCGCUGCCUUCUAGGAGCGCGCGCAAAAGCUACAUGUAUGCAUACAGCUUGGCGCGCAGAUGACGUGCUGGACACGCUCGCCCUGGAAGCUCAUCAUCGGCUUCGUGAAAGCGGCCUGCGCAGAUCGCAGACCAGUUGAAGGGUCUGUCUAGAACAGCACUCUAUGCACGAGGGAGAG